UACAUACGUGACUGACUAUGACAUUAUUUGAAGCUUGACAUUUUUGUGAAGAUUUUUAUUGACUGUUUAAAAAUGGUAAAUAAAAACCUUUACAUUAAGUAUGACGGCAGAUACAGAAACAAAUUAAAGAAGCUGAAGCAGUUAAUUCGGGAAUAUGUGCACGAAAAUGCUGCGAUUGUAGAUGAAAUAAAUGAUGUCCAAGAGCAAAUAAUAAUUAGAACGGAAGAAAGAAAGUUUCUAUUAAGAAAGCUUUGUCAAUUUGAUCCUCAAGUAGAAAUACAAGUUCAACAGUUCGCUAAAACUACAUUUCCUCAGUCUGAAGUUAAUAGCCCAGCAGUGGUUUCUGAAAAAAAGAAAAAGAAGAAAAUAAUCCCUCAAAAAGAUAAAAGAGUUCAAAUCAUGAAAUCUGUAAAGAGCAAGAAAACAUCUGCCAAAGUACGGAAAAAAUUGGUUCAACCAAUUCCAUUGGAUAUAAGUGGAAGACCCGUGUUCCCAAUAGAACUAGGAAGCUUGACGCUGCACUGUUUGGGAGAAAUUAUACCAGAUAAGUUGGAAUUUCAUUGUGAAGAAGCAAUAUUUCCAGUGGGAUAUGUUUCAACAAGAAUAUAUGGAAAUUUUAAGGAUCCAUUAAAGAAAUGCAUAUAUACUUGUAAAAUUUCAGAAAGCAAUGGUUUUCCAAGAUUUGAAAUAUCUACUGAUAACGACAACUCUAUGAGUAUUGUAGGUGGUACUGCAGACAUUUGUCAUUCAUUAUUAUUACAACAAAUAAAUGAUUGUCUUUCGCUAAAUGUUGUCAGCACCCGCCCUAGAGGAAAGGAUUUUUUUGGCUUAACACAUCCUGUUGUCUCAAAUUUGAUACAAAGUUCACCUGGUGCAAGACGAUGUGUUAAUUAUAAAUGGACAAAAUUUGAAGUAUCUAAAAUGGGAGAUCAUUCUGUUGAAGACAAAGAUGCUUGCCUGAAUUUUGAAGCUCUUCAGAGAAAUAUCAACUAUUGUAAAUAUAAAAUGGCACCUGAAAUGUUUCCUAAACCUUAAAUAUAUUGUCAUAUAAAAUAUUUGUCAGAUAAAUCCAUUAUUUUAUUAUGUAGGUACUGAGAAAGAUUGUAUUAUCCAUGUGAAUUGGUAAAGAUAAAGCUAAUAUUGGUUUUAUAAAUAAAUUGUUUAAU